AUGGCACCAUUAGAUGAAGACAUUGCAUUCCACUCCAACAUACCUGUACCACUGGAUAUAAUGGUGGCUGUGGUCUACUCUAUUUUUGGAGUAUGUUCACUGUUUGGCAACAUCACACUGCUUUAUGUCUCCUAUAAAAAAAAGCACCUCCUGAAACCUGCCGAGUACUUCAUCAUCAACCUAGCUGUUAGUGACUUGGGCCUGACUCUCUCACUCUACCCCAUGGCGAUAAGUUCAAGCUUCUACCACAGGUGGCUGUAUGGGAAAACAGUGUGCUCCAUAUACGCUUUUUGCGGCAUGUUGUUUGGCAUCUGCAGUCUGACCACUCUAACCCUGCUAAGCAUGGUGUGCUUUGUGAAAGUAUGUUAUCCGCUCUAUGGGAACAGGUUUAACUCUGUUCAUGGCCGUCUGCUCAUUGCCUGUGCUUGGGUCUAUGCCCUGUUGUUUGCCUGCUCUCCACUGGCCCACUGGGGGAACUAUGGGCCAGAGCCUUAUGGCACCGCCUGUUGCAUUGACUGGCGCCUGUCCAAUCAGCAUACCACAGCACGCUCCUUCACUGUAGCACUGUUCAUCUUCUGCUACAUCCUUCCGUGCUGUGUUAUUGUGGCAUCCUACAUAGGCAUUCUGGUCACAGUGCAUGUAUCCCGCAAGAAUAUGGAGCAGCAUGCAUCGAGGCAGAAGAACAUGAGCAGCAUCCAGAUGAUUAUUGUUAAGCUAAGUGUUGCUGUUUGCAUCGGUUUCUUUGCCGCAUGGAGUCCAUACGCUGUGGUGUCCAUGUGGGCUGCAUUUGGACACAUUGAGAACAUCCCUCCUAUGGCUUUUGCCAUGCCAGCGAUGUUUGCCAAGUCCUCCACCAUUUACAACCCAAUCAUCUACCUAAUGCUGAGGCCCAACUUCCGCAAGGUGAUGCGCAGGGACAUGGGUACUCUGUGCCACGCCUGUCUGAAGGGCUGCCUCUGCUCUGCAGGGCAAGCCAAGUGCUGCUCCAAGCCAGAGAUCAGGGUCCGACUUCGCACAAUCCACAGACAGACCAACAAAUUCCCUUCAUCCAACUGCUCUGCUCAACCUCCUAUACCAUUAAAGGACCACAGCUGUGAGAAGUGUACGGAUGCUUUCGAAUGCUUCGGACAUUACCCCAAAAUGUGCAGUGUCAUUAACCCUGUGGCCAAUGGAGACUCGUCUAAGCAUCAAGACACUCCAGUUCCCAAAACACAUAAGCAGAAGACUCAAAACGUGUGCCACAAGAAGUCUCUGCUGGCUACCAUGUGUGCAAAAAGGACAUCAGAAAUAGACAACUUCCAUAUUAAUUUAGAGAUGGUUCCAGGGCAUGCGAAAGUGGCAUGGCCAUGAUAUUUCUCUCAAUUUAUAAUGUUUACACAAUAUCUCUGGAUGUAUUCUUUCAGGUUAUGUUCUUUCAGAUGUGAAAUUACUAAUCUAUAUUUUCAGGAAAUCUUGUUCAGGAAUGUACCAUAUAAGUGUUUGAGCAGCAGCCAUGCAACCUAUUUAUUUUGUGUUGCCUGCUGUGUUUCAUGUUGUACACCCAUAAACAAUCUAAUGAGUGUCACUUUAAUGCCCCUGAAAACUUGAUUCAAAAGUAUUUCUCUAUCUUAUUAAGUAUUCAUGAUCUUUAGUUAUUAUUUAAGAGUUUAAAAUCUCAGGACUGUGUGGAUGAGGUUUGAUUAGAUUUGGUUGACAAUGACGAAACAAUCCACCAACUGUCUGAUUCAAAUGUUGAUUCAAAUCCUUAUUGGUGCAAGUAUAGAACUUUUUGCUCCUUUUUCCAAAUUAGCCCUGACCCCUUGAAAAUCAGUGAAAGGAGCACAAAGAAAAACAGAAAUGCAGAAAUCUUUUUCAUCAAUAAAUGUUUUAGUUCUGGGUUUCAAGCAUUGAGAAAGUAUUGCCCUAUGGCUCAAGUUAAAGCUGACAUUCUGAACUUUCAAAAUUUUAUUUUGUAAAAGUGCUGUGGAAAUACUUUAUAUUAUACUUGAUAUUAUUUCCCUACUAGUCAUUGACUUAUUUGCACCUGAGUUCACCCUCAGGGAAUCUUAACACUCCGUUUACUAUGACAGUCCAAGUAUUGUUUACACUUGACAACUGCAGGUAUAUAGUUUUUGGUGCUUGAUCACAUAUCUGUGUACACACUGUGUAGAACAUUAUUGUCUACCAGUAUUAUGAGAACUUCAAGUCAUUCUUUAUUACAUGUACAAUCAAAACGGAAUAUGUCUUUACGUGACUACCUAACAAUGUUGUUUAUUUCACUACAUUGGUGGGAAAGGGAAAAACAAACCUGUACAACCCAAAUAAUGCAGCUGUAAAUUCAUUCAUUAGUGCAGAAAGAAUAUUAAAUUUAUGUUGUCUGUAAUUGUUGUUGCUGUGUGUAAAUCCACGAUGUAAAGUAAACAUGACGUGAUUGGGAUUUGGGCAAUCACUCAGGCCCAAGCCUGUCAUUGACAACUCAAUCGUUUCAGUUUCUCAGUCACUCACAGAAGUGUUUCUCUCAUAUUAGCAUACCCCUCAGGCCUACU